AUGGUCUGGACGACCUCGUGUGGAACUGUGCUACCCGCAUGUGGACCAAAGUUACCCACUUGGCGGACGCUUGCCUGUAUCGCCACCUUCGAAGUUCCCUCGGAGUCGUUGUAUACGUUGACGACUCCUAAGCAUCCGCUGGAUGCUUCGGGCGGCUGGCACCAAUUGCCUUGCCUCGCCAGUCGAUCCAAGGCUCGUAUUUCUCAAGCCAUGUCUUCGAACUUGACAGCCAGAUCCAACUGGAUGUUGGGGACAUUGGCGGCCUUCCCGUCGACCAGUCUCACUGGUAUGUCCAGGAUCAUAUCGUGGAUUCAUGUCGAGAACAGUAAACUAUUCGAGGCUGUCGAAGUCUUCGAACUUCACAGCCAGAUCCAACUGGAUGUUGGGGACAUUGGCGGCCUUCCCGUCGACCAGUCUCACUGA